AAAUCUGACAGCUUCGUGUACAGGCCGUGGUGUAUUAGGGGACCUAUCGAAGUCUGCUCCUCACAUUCAGCUCAGCAUGUGUGUAGAGACAACGUGCCACCACUUUGUUUAUUCGACUCCAUUUUGUAAAAAUUGACGUGUGAUGUGUGUGUGUUUUGUUGUGUUGUGCUUGUGUAUGUGUACAAAAUUACCAGCAUUCCGAAUCUAGUCUUAGUACUUCAACGAAAAUGUUAAUACAGUUUCCCUAAAACAUAGACAUAGUGUGGGAAAGAGACAAACCGAUACGGCAACAUUUCGAUUAGAGAGAGACAGAAGACAAUUUAAGAGAAAUGGACACGAAAAACGACGUACGCACAGAUGAAAUCGAACUCAGUGCACAAGGAUCGAGCAAUAAGACUGGUGAAGUUGCAACUAAAUCCGAUCUCCCCGAGAGAGGUUCCUGGGGCAGCAAGCUAGACUUCAUCCUCUCCGUCAUUGGCCUGGCCAUCGGCCUCGGCAACGUUUGGCGGUUCCCCUACCUUUGCUACAAAAAUGGCGGCGGCGCGUUCCUCAUUCCCUACUUCCUCACCCUGUUCCUCGCUGGUAUUCCUAUGUUCUUCAUGGAGCUGGCCAUGGGACAGAUGCUUACCAUCGGCGGGUUGGGUGUCUUCAAGAUUGCUCCGAUCUUCAAAGGUAUCGGCUACGCGGCUGCUGUCAUGUCUUGCUGGAUGAACGUCUACUACAUUGUGAUCCUCGCCUGGGCCAUCUUCUACUUCUUCAUGUCCAUGCGAUCAGACGUACCAUGGCGUACCUGCGACAACUACUGGAACACCGCCACCUGCGUGAACCCCUACGACCGUAAGAACUUGACCUGCUGGUCCACCAUGGACAUGACCACCUUCUGCACCCUCAACGGCAAGAACAUCAGCAAGGCUGUGCUCUCUGACCCUGUCAAGGAGUUCUGGGAGCGCCGCGCUCUUCAAAUCUCGAGCGGUAUCGAGCACAUCGGUAACAUCCGUUGGGAGUUGGCUGGAACCCUGCUGCUGGUGUGGGUGCUGUGCUACUUCUGCAUCUGGAAGGGAGUCAGGUGGACCGGCAAGGUCGUCUACUUCACCGCCCUGUUCCCAUACUUCUUGCUGACUGUGCUGUUGAUCAGAGGAAUCACCCUCCCCGGCGCCAUGCAAGGCAUCAAGUUCUACGUGAUGCCCAACAUGUCCAAACUGAUGGAAUCUGAAGUAUGGAUCGAUGCUGUUACCCAGAUCUUCUUCUCGUACGGCCUGGGUCUGGGUACGCUGGUCGCUCUGGGCAGCUACAAUAAGUUCACUAAUAACGUGUACAAAGACGCCCUGAUCGUGUGUACUGUGAAUUCAAGUACUUCAAUGUUUGCUGGCUUCGUAAUCUUCUCUGUGGUCGGGUUUAUGGCGCACGAGCAACAACGCCCGGUCGCUGAGGUGGCGGCUUCAGGUCCUGGUUUAGCCUUCUUGGCCUACCCAUCAGCAGUACUCCAGCUACCAGGAGCUCCACUCUGGUCCUGUCUCUUCUUCUUCAUGCUACUGCUCAUUGGGUUGGACAGCCAGUUCUGCACCAUGGAAGGGUUUAUCACUGCGGUCAUCGAUGAGUGGCCCAAACUCCUCAGGAGGAGGAAGGAGAUCUUCAUCGCCAUCACUUGUAUCAUCUCGUAUUUGGUUGGACUUUCGUGUAUCUCUGAGGGUGGCAUGUACGUCUUCCAAAUCCUCGACUCGUACGCUGUCUCCGGCUUCUGUCUGCUGUUCCUGAUCUUCUUCGAAUGUGUCUCCAUAUCCUGGGCCUUUGGCGUGAACCGCUUCUACGACGGCAUCAAGGAGAUGAUUGGCUAUUACCCUACCAUCUGGUGGAAGUUCUGCUGGGUCGGAUUUACGCCUGCUAUCUGCAUUAGCGUCUUCAUCUUCAACUUGGUGCAAUGGAAGCCGAUCAAGUAUAUGAACUACGAGUAUCCGUGGUGGUCCCACGCGUUCGGCUGGUUCACCGCCCUCUCCUCGAUGCUGUGCAUCCCUGGCUACAUGGUCUACCUGUGGCGCGUCACUCCUGGUACCUGGCAGGAGAAAUUCAACAAAAUCGUCCGUAUUCCGGAGGAUGUACCGUCUCUGAGGACCAAGAUGCAGGCUGAGGAGCAGGCCAAGCACAGCAAGGCUUAACUCCAUCACCAUCACCUCCCACUUAAGAUCAGGAUCUCAGACUAAAGGGAUUCGGAAAGUAGCAAUAUUCUGUCUGAUUAAUAAAAAAAAACAUCCAUCAACAAUUAAAAAUGUCAAAUUAGCCUCGGGAUUUCUAUAGUGGGAAAGAGAAAGAAACAAAUUCUAAAAACAUCACGCACAAAUUUUAUAAUCUAUAAAAAACAUACAUUAUAAUGUGCCAAAUAUAUUUGUGCCAUAUAAUAAAAUUAUAUAAUUCAAAAUAAAUUAUUUACAUAAUAUAAUUGCUAUAAAAUUUAUAAUUGUUUAGCAUCAUGUUAUUGAAUUAUUAAUUCAAAAAUAAUUAUUACGUUAACACUAUAGCCGUAUUUAAAGAAAUAUUUAAGCACUUUAUGUUUAUAGAUUUUUAGAAUAAUUUGAUGACUUUCCGUUUGCCGUGCGUCGACAUGUUCAUGUACGUUUAGUUGUACGAUAAUUAUUUAUAAUUAAGUAGCAAAGUAAGCUUUUAGUAUUGGUAUAAUUAAAUGUUAACUAUCUAUUGGUCUUCCAUGUAGCUGACGUCUAGAUUUUACAGUUAUUAUAUUAAAAUAUUAAUAUACCAAAGGUUUAUUUGUUAUUGCUGGCUAAAAUCUAGUAAUUUGUUUGCCAAUAAACACAGUUUAUGAAUAAUUGAUUGCCAAAGUAAAAUUAUUUAUUUUUGAAAUGCAACGAAAUGAAAAUGAAAUAUAUCAAGCACCGGGUUUUGGUCGUAAAUCUUUAAGAUUAUUUUUUAAACGUUUAUUACUGAAGUUAUACGUAAGUAGAGAAUACAUCUUUUAUUAUUUAUAAUUGUAUUUGUUAUCCUUCAAGGAUUUAAUUGCUAGUUUGGUGUUAGUAUAGAUUUUAAGUGUUCACGAGAAAAACGCUACGGGACGCGUCAUUUUAAAAAUCUAAAUGGUGUUUUUCAAAAUUUAAGAUUGAAACUCUUAAAUGGCAUUUAAUCUAAUGUAUAUUUAAAGGCCUAUUUAUAAUUUUAAGUAUAAAUAUGUUGUAUAAAUGUUUACGGUUGUUUUUUGAUAUUCAUAUCAUUAGAAUAAUGAAACAUAAUUAUACAGCGUGUGUAUCGAUUUGGUUAUUCAGCUUUAAUUAUUUUUGAAUAAUUAUUAUUUAGCUAUAUUUAUUAUUAUUAUACUUAAAAUGUUAUUUACAUUUUUUGUUGAGUCAUCGUUACCUAAGGCAUUGAAUGUUUAAACUUCUGUGUUCCAAUUGAGACCAAAGAAACUAAAAAAAUAAUUCUAUUCUAGCCAAAGAUUCUAAUAUUAUACUGUAGAUUUUAUAAUAAUAUAUCUUGAAUACGUCUUUUGAAUAUUUUUGUGUACAAGUUAAAAAUAUCAAUAUAUGCUAUUUAGCUCAAUCAAUACUUGUUAUACAGCUCAGUCAAUUUGAUUCCAACUUGUUGCAAAUAUUCUGAAUCACGUUUAAUUUAUGAGAGUUUUUGUUAUUGAGAUUAUUCAAUAUUCUUUCUUGUACACAAAAUAUAAUACAAUUUAUUCAAUUAUACUCCUUAGCGUGUUCAAAUCGAUAAAUGUGUAUUUAUACUGUCAAUUUUUAAAAUAAUAAUAUUAUAACGGUGGUAGAGAAAAGUAGGCCGUUUUUAAAAAAACUUUCUAUAUCUAUACAUUUUAUGGAAUAAGACAAUAUACUAAGAAAAAAAUAUUUAAUCCUAUAAUUUUACUAAAACUGUUUACCUAUGUAGUGGUUUGAAGGAAAUUUUAAUAUUAUAUUAGGUAAAUUUAAUAUAUUUAAUGAGAAUAAGAUACUCGUAGCCCGAUUUUGUAUAAAUGAGUGAGAUCGUACACAAAUUAUUUGUAGAUUUUCAAUAUAUUUAUUGUAUUUUGAGUAAGAUAUUGGACACUGAAAAAAUUAUACAAAUUCGAAAACAAAUAUUACCCAAAAAUUUUGGAUAUUACCUUCAAAAACAUAAAACAGCGCAAUAUUGUAAUUCCAUUAUUUAAUAUUGGUUAAAGUGUCUAAUAUCUAUCAAAAUUAUGCGUCGUGCGUUGUCUAAGAUAAAUGUGCUUCCAAGUAUUUUAAAAUAUAAAUAUAAUUAAAAUUAUAUAUAAUAAUAAUUAUAAAUUUAGUUGAUGUACUAUGUACUUUACAAAGUUUAUUGCAAAGACUAUUUAAUCAGAAUUAAAUAUCAAUUAAAUUAUUAACAGAACUAUAUAACAUAUUAUUCAUUUACCAACGAACUAGAGAUUAUUUGAAAUAUCAUUAUGUAUGCAAAAAGGUUGAUAUAAACCGCCCAUAUACUAUAUAAUUAAAUAUCUAGUACUUAGGGCAUAUUGUAUCCAAGCAGAGUAAUCUAUGAGCCGACAUGUCAUUAUAAACAAAUUAUAAUAAUCAUUAUUUAUUCAUGAAUAAACUUAUCGUAAAAAAUAA